AUGAAGUGGUUCUUUUACACCGCACAAGUGUUGCUGAUCGUGGCUCCCAUCGGAGGUAUCGUUGAUCCCAUCGGAGUGACUUCAAAAACCCUGGUUGGUCGUGUCAGUACUCUACUGACUUUGUGUGUGGAACGGAUGGCUGUAAAAAUGCUAAUAGGAUCCACAUUCAGAGAUGCCUCGCGAUGGCUCUGGGCAGACAUUCAGAGACUGACGCACAUGCUGCAGGAAAAACAAGGUCUGAUGCAAACAGAGAUGAAAGAAGUGAAAAACGGCUAA